AUGGACAACAUCUCACAGGUCAUCCACAACUGCGAGACCUGCACUGUAAUCAAACAGGCUGAGCGGGUGAAGCCUCUGUGGUACGAUGGGCGAUGGUUGAAGUACAGGUAUAGGGAAGCCUGGCAAAUUGACUACAUCACGCUUCCCCAAACCCGCCAAGGCCAGCGCUAUGUGGUGACCAUGGUGGAAGCAACCACAGGAUGGUUGGAAACCUACCCUGUGCCUCAUGCUACUGCCCGGAACAUCAUCUUUGGCCUAGAAAAGCAAGUCCUGUGGAGAUAUGGCACCCCUGAGAGAACUGAGUUGGACAACAGAACCCAUUUCAAGAACGGCCUUGUAAAUACCUGGGCCAGAGAACAUGGUAUUGAAUGGAUAUAUCAUAUCCCUUAUCAUGCACCAGCUGCUGGGAAAGUUGAAUGUUUCCUUAAAGGAGAUAUGUUUAUUGUGCAUAAUGAAUUGGAAGAUGGCUGGAUGUGGGUUACAAACCUACGGACAGAUGAACAAGGUCUUAUAGUAGAAGACCUGGUAGAAGAAGUGGGAAGAGAAGAAGAUCCACAUGAAGGCAAAAUAUGGUUCCAUGGGAAGAUCUCCAAACAAGACGCUUACAAUUUGCUGAUGACAGUUGGUCAGGUGUGCAGUUUUCUUGUGAGGCCUUCAGAUAAUACACCUGGUGAUUAUUCACUUUAUUUUCGGACCAGUGAAAAUAUUCAGCGUUUUAAAAUAUGUCCAACAUCAAGCAAUCAGUUUAUGAUGGGAGGCAGAUAUUAUAAUAGUAUUGCAGAGAUCAUUGACCAUUAUAGAAAAGAACAGAUUGUUGAAGGAUAUUACCUUAAAGAUCCUGUUCCAAUGCAGCAUCAAGAACAAGUGUUUAAUGAUACAGUCGAUGGAAAAGAAAUCUACAAUACAAUUCGUCGCAAAACAAAGGAUGCUUUUUAUAAAAAUAUUGUCAAAAAAGGAUAUCUUCUAAAAAAAAGUAAAGGGAAGAGAUGGAAAAACUUGUACUUUAUAUUGGAGGGAAAUGAUGCCCAGCUUAUUUAUUUUGAAAGUGAAAAACGAGCCACAAAACCUAAAGGAUUAAUAGACCUUAGUGUGUGUUCGGUCUAUGGAGUACACGACAGUUUAUUUGGCAGGCCUAACUGUUUUCAGAUAGUAGUUCAGCACUUUAGUGAAGAGCAUUACAUCUUUUACUUUGCAGGAGAAACUCAAGAACAAGUGCAGGACUGGAUGAAGGCUCUGCAGAUGUUUUGCAGUUUAAGGAAAAACAGUCCAGGGACAUCAAAUAAACGUCUACGUCAGGUCAGCAGUCUUAUCUUGCAUGUAGAAGAAGCUCAUACACUCCCAGUAAAACAUUUUACUAAUCCAUAUUGUAACAUCUACCUGAACAGUGUCCAGGUAGCAAAAACACAUAUCAGGGAAGGUCAGAACCCUGUAUGGUCAGAAGAAUUUGUCUUUGAUGAUCUUUCAUCUGAUAUUAAUAGAUUUGAGAUAAGUCUUAGUAACAAAACAAAGAAAAGUAAAGAUCCAGAUAUAUUGUUUAUGCGUUGCCAAUUAAGCCGAUUACAGAAAGGACAUGCAACAGAUGAGUGGUUUCAACUCAGUUCCCAUAUACCACUGAAAGGUAUUGAGCCAGGAUCUUUGCGUGUUCGAGCACGAUAUUCUAUGGAGAAGAUCAUGCCAGAAGAGGAGUACAGUGAGUUUAAAGAGCUCAUACUCCAGAAAGAGAUGCAUGUAGUCUAUGCCUUAUCACAUGUUUGUGGCCAGGAUAGAACAUUGUUGGCUGGCAUUUUAUUGAAGAUAUUUCUUCAUGAAAAGCUUGAGUCACUGUUGUUACGAACACUAAAUGACAGGGAAAUAAGCAUGGAAGAUGAAGCUACUACUUUGUUUCGUGCCACCACUUUAGCAAGUACACUUAUGGAGCAAUAUAUGAAAGCCACAGCAACACGUUUUGUUCAUCAUGCACUGAAAGACAGUAUAUUAAAGAUAAUGGAGAGCAAGCAGUCCUGUGAGUUAAAUCCUUCAAAGUUAGAAAAAAAUGAAGAUGUAAACACUAACUUGGCACAUCUACUCAGUAUACUUUCAGAAUUGGUGGAGAAAAUAUUCAUGGCUGCAGAGAUACUGCCUCCGUAAGUUUGCACUCUUCUGUUCAAAUUUGUACUUUCAAAUUCCUGUUUGUUGUUUACACUGCACCAUAAAAAUGGUGUUUUAUUGGUUUAUCUUAUACUAAUCAGUACUAAGACUAAAUUCUUUAGGGCUGUGUUGUGGGU